AUGCUUAUGUACAACGAGCCUUGGCUUAUCUCCAUAUUGCUCAGUUAUUCCAUGUGUGCUCUAGUUAUUCCAUAUGUGUGCUUCAGUUAUCUCCAUAUUGCUUCAGUUAUCUCCAUGUGUGCUUCAGUUAUUCCCCAUAUUCUUCAGUUAUCUCCAUAUUGCUCAGUUAUUCCAUUUAUCUCCAUAUUGCUUCAGUUAUCUCCAUAUUGCUUCAGUUAUUCCAUGUGUGCUUCAGUUAUCUCCAUAUUGCUCAGUUAUCUCCAUAUUGCUUCAGUUAUCUCCAUAUUGCUUCAGUUAUUCCAUGUGUGCUUCAGUUAUUCCAUAUUGCUUCAGUAUUCCUAUAUUGCUUCAGUUAUCUCCAUGUGUGCUUCAGUUAUCUCCAUAUUGCUUCAGUUAUUCCAUAUUGCCUUCAGUUAUCUCCAUAUUGCUUCAGUUAUCUCCAUGUGUGCUUCAGUUAUCUCCAUGUGCUUCAGUUAUCUCCAUAUUGCUUCAGUUAUCUCCAUAUUGCUUCAGUUAUCUCCAUAUUGCUUCAGUUAUCUCCAUAUUGCUUCAGUUAUUCCAUUGCUUCAGUUAUCUCCAUGUGUGCUUCAGUUAUCUCCAUAUUGCUUCAGUUAUCUCCAUAUUGCUUCAGUUAUCUCCAUGUGCUUCCAGUUAUCUCCAUAUUGCUUCAGUUAUCUCCAUAUUGCUUCAGUUAUCUCCAUAUUGCUUCAGUUAUCUCCAUGUGUGCUUCAGUUAUUCCCAUGUGUGCUUCAGUUAUCUCCAUAUUGCUCAGUUAUCUCCAUGUGUGCUUCAGUUAUCUCCAUGUGUGCCCUAGUUAUCUCCAUAUUGCUUUCAGUUAUCUCCAUAUUGCUUCAGUUAUCUCCAUAUUGCUUCAGUUAUCUCCAUAUUGCUUCAGUUAUCUCCAUAUUGCUCUUUGAUUCCAUAUUGCUUCGAAGUUAUCUCCAUAUUGCUUCAGUUAACAAAUUAUAUCAUGUGGACUGUAUUGUCACAAGUUUGCUCAAGACAGUUCCUCGAGCUAUCAGAAUGGGACUCCCACACGGAAAACGGCGCUGGAGGAGGGCGGGAGCACUGGCAGCCAGGAUCAACUCUGUUACCCUGGGCGCCCGGAGGCCCAGUUCCCGCCACGGUCCACUCGACACUGACCUGCGCCGGGAGUUAGAUCAUGCGUCGCGCUCUUUGCAGUACGGAACGUACCUUCGAAGAGCCUGCAGCGAGAUUAUACCUCGAUCAGCUGCUGCUCGCAUUUGGCUGCGUGGCGAACACUGCCUGCCGUCGUCUUCCCGUACACUCUUACGCGUGGGAAUGCGAUCGUCAGGGAGUGGAAUGGGGCGCGACCGACACAAGUUCAAACAAGAUCCCAGUAAAAGCAAAGGCGUCCAGAACAAUCCCAACGGCGAGAACAUCAACAUCAUCGCCGACCUGUACGCUGAGGUCGUUGGCGUCCUGGCCCAGUCGAGAUUCCAGUCAGUGCGUCGACGCUUCAUGGCCGAACUGAAGGAACUACGGUCGAGGGAAGCCUCGUCCGUCACAACACAGAGCAUUACGUCUCUCCUGAUGGGAAUGAAGUUCUUUAGGGUCAAGAUGGUGCCGAUUGAGGAGUUCGAGGCGUCGUUCCAGUUCAUGCAAGAGUGUGCGCAGUAUUUCCUGGAGGUGCGGGACAAGGACAUCAAACACGCCCUGGCUGGUCUCUUCGUGGAGAUACUGGUUCCUGUGGCCGCGACGGUGAAGAACGAGGUCAACGUGCCGUGCCUAAAGUACUUCGUGGAGAUGCUGUACUCGACCACCCUGGACAUGGCCACUAAGAACAAGCACCGUCUGGCCAUCUUCCCCCUGGUGACCUGUUUACUGUGUGUUUCCCAGAAGACUUUUUUCCUCAGUAAUUGGCACUACUUCCUGGCCAUGUGUCUGCAGCACCUCAAGAACCGCGACCCUAAGAUGUCCCGCGUGGCUCUUGAAUCGCUCUACCGCUUACUGUGGGUGUACAUGAUCCGCAUCAAGUGUGAGAGUAACUCGGCCACUCACUCCCGCUUGGCCAGCAUUGUCAACUCGCUCUUCCCUAAGGGUUCCAAGGCCGUCGUACCCAGAGACACGCCGCUUAACAUCUUCGUCAAAAUCAUCCAGUUUAUUGCUCAGGAGCGUCUGGACUUCGCCAUGCGGGAGAUAGUGUUUGAUCUACUGUCCGUCGGGCGGCAGAUAAAGAUCAUCAUGACCCCCGAACGGAUGUCAAUAGGCCUACGAGCCUUCCUGGUGGUGGCCGACAGCCUGCAGCAGAAGGAGGGGGACCCGCCCAUGCCCCGUACUGUUGGCGUCCUUCCCUCGGGUAACACGCUCAGGGUCAAGAAAACCUUCCUCAAUAAGAUGCUGACAGAGGAUACGGCCAGAAACAUCGGAAUAUCCGCUUACUAUCCGCUCGUCCGUAAGUCCUUCAACGAUAUCCUCAAGGCCCUCGACAGUCAGUUCGGUCGACCACUCAUGAUGACAACAACGCAGAAUGUCAACAAGGAACCAGACGAAAUGAUCACUGGGGAACGCAAACCCAAAAUCGACCUGUUCCGUACGUGUGUGGCGGCCGUGCCUAGACUCAUACCAGAUGGGAUGUCUGGCAGGGACCUAGUAGACAUGCUUGGAAGGCUCACCGUUCACAUGGACGAGGAACUACGAGCCUUGGCCUUCCAGAGCCUUCAGAAUCUCGUGUUGGAUUUCCCCGAGUGGCGUCACGAUGUUGUCUAUGGAUUCAUACAGUUUAUUGUGAAGGAAGUCGGGGACACCUCUACUCAGCUGCUGGACAAUGGGGUGAGGAUGUUACUUCAGCUGCUCACCGCCUGGAGGAACGCUCUCACCAACUCCAUCACCACCAUUAAUGCCAACAAACGUGACCCGGGUGUUGGAGACCUUCACCAUCUACAUCUACAUCAGAGAGGCGAUCACAGCGAUGUGUUACGAUUGGCCGAAGGUUUUGCCCUGGUGUUGUUGUGCAGCUGUCGGCAGGCUCCUCGGCGGGUGGCGGUCGCUAUACUGAGGGAGGUGAAGCUGUUGGCCAAGGAGCUGGGUGAAGAGGAUGACGUCAACCAGCCUGUUAUUGAUGUUAUGGACAGAUGGUGUGGUUGUGUUGUGGACGGGGUGUUGGCGCUGCUGCCCGCUGGUGAGAGAUCGGCCGUUGCGGCGACCACCAACAUCGACCUCCAGUGGCUGGCUGACCGUAGCUCCUCUGUCUGGACGGGAGGGUACCUCGAGGACAGCAGCGUGAAGAGUGUCAGCGCUCAGCAUCUGGUCUGUGAGGACGUCUGGGCGUUGGUCCUGUGCGGCUUCAUCUUCCACGGCCGGGUCCUGUCGUCGUGUCCUCAGGCCGUCGGUCACGCUUGGCCCAUCGUCUACACCCGGGCCAACUCCCUUUACUCAAUCGUCGACCCCACGCCUCCAAAUGACAAUCGAGCAUCUCUACUUCGCAGUGCAAGCCAAGUGAAGAAACCCAUCAGUGAACGCGAUGUUUACAUGAACCUUUGGAGGAAUUACGUCGUGCUAGCUUGUCGUGUAGUACCGGCCAUCACCAAGACGCCGGUCAUCAGAUGUGCUUCUCCGGAUAUCAGCCUAGGGUCGUCUCCGGACAGUGGGGCGGGCGGCGAUAAAGGCGGAGAGCGGCCAUACCCCGGUUACUCCGUGUCUCCGCUCUGCCUCUACAAGCUCCUGGUUCCUCUCCUCCGAUGCGAGAGUACGGACAUGCGUGAGGCCGUUACUCUCGCCCUGGGGAAAAUAAAUCAUUUUGCUCUGAGUGACUUGAUGGAGGAGCUCUUCCCUUACAUACGUGAGAGCAUCGACCGGAAGCAGGAGAACAUGCGUCGUAGGCGUCGUAGGGAUGCCCUCAGGGUCACUCUCGUCAAGCUGUUCGAGAUGAUAGCUGAACAAGGCACUUUUGCUCUUAGUGAAAGCGUUAUUGAUGGGGACACUGGCGCCCUGCUGAAGCGUUACCUCGAGUACAUGGACGGCGCGAGGGUCUACCUGGAGAGUGAGAAUGACAAGGACAAUACACUGCUGCAGAUCAAGACCCACUUCUGCCAUUUUGUCCGCAAGCUGAUUGGUAGUUUCUCGUUGGAACAAAGACAGACGCUCAUUCCCCGAAGCUUACGUAAGGGGCUGUUCUAUCUGUUUGCCUCGUGGAGCGGCGUGUUUGGCGCACCGUUUGGGUUUAAGAGUCCAGACUCGGGGAAUCGUCAACCGUCUGAGUUUGAGCUGUGUGCCCUGCAUGCCUCCAGCGCUGUACUGUGUUGCGGUCCCUCCUUUGACCCACAACUGCUGGCUGAUGACGGCCACAUAUAUCAGUGGCUCGAUGCUCUUCUGGGCUCUCAUGAUGAAAAGAUUAAGAAUAAGAUCUCACGGGCUGGCUCAGGAAACAAUCUGAUACUGCUGGGUUUAACCCUGACUCUGGGGCCGUCCCUGGACUGGGUGGUGCGACCGCUGCUAUACCGCCACCCCAGAGGUUGCCGAUGGGUGCUUCAACGCCCUGGCCACCAUCUUCUCUCCGCCAGACUCCCCAAGACUCACAAAGACUCACAAUAUACUCCCCAAGACUCACAAAAGACUCCCAAGCCCCACAAAGACUCCACAAAGACUCACAAAGACUCGCCAAGACCCACAAAGACUCACAAAAGACUCACAGACUCACAAAGACUCAAGACUCAAGCCCACAAAGACUCACAAAAGACUCACAGACUCACACAAACUCACCAAAGACUCACAGAAGACUUCCCAAGACUCAUGGACCCACAAAGACUUAUAGUAGUGCCAGGCAGCGGACGAGGGUGGCACAUGUUCAGGGUGGUGCCACAUGAGAAUGGCACUCUGGGAGGAGACCUCAGUGCCAGAGUGCCACUUGAUUAUGAAAACCCGACCCACAAGAGAGGGUUCAGAUUCAGAGUCCAAGUCUCUGAUAUG